AUGUCGCAUUUGAUAUUUUGGACACUAGCGUUCGUUACACUGGUCACCGCGCAGUUUGAUGGUAUCGAAAAUAUUUCUAAGUUUGUUUGAAAUCUUUCGUUUGUAGGCCUUCCACGGAUGAAUGGCGGAAACGGUUUCGCAGGCAAGUUAUAUCAAUAUUCCAACCGAAAAAUACUAAUUUUUCAGCUCCUCUUCCUACUCUGCCCACUAACGCUCUCGGAGGUUCGCUGUAGUUAAAGAAAAAAAAAAUGUUUUAACCAGUUUCAUUUUUCUAAAUCAGUUGACUAUUACACCGAACGAAAGACAUUUUAGUUGAUUUCAACUUUUGAUUGGAAAAAAUUGAAAUUCACUCUCCUUGUAUUAGGUUCGUAACUCAAUUCCGUUUUUGAGGUAUGAGAAUUUCGAUAGGGAGAAUCAUAACAGCUGAACAUUUUUGAGUACCUCUGCGUGUGUGUUCUUAUUCUAAAUUAUUUAGAAUAAGAUUUUUUUACUAAGUUCACGUUUAUAUUUAGACUAAAUAUAAACGUGGAUUUAGUACAAAUAAACUCUCUGUUUAAGUCCGUUUUUCUCGACUUGAAAGGACGAGACUUCUCUGCGCCCUUCUUAUUUCUCGACGUCAAUUGAUAUUUCAGAACGAUUUUAGAAAACCAUCACAAGUUCCAAAAACAAGAAAAUUUGACUGUAACUUCCUGACUUUCUCUCGAGAAACAAAAAGCUAACUGUUCUUAACUGGUUCAAUUUUUAAGACGUAAUCGGCGAAGGACCGGUGCUCAUCGACCCCGCUCCGGUGGUGGAAACCCAGAGUGAGUGAACCUAUCCAGGAAUUCCUAAACACGUUAGAUUUGCAGAUGAUCACAUCGCACACGUCAAUAAAAGUAUGUUUAUGAAGAGAAAAACUUAAAAUCACGAUUCUUUUUGCAUUCAAGUGGUCGAGAAAGUUAUGCAAGACGUGCGAGCUACCCAGCCCGAGCCAGUCCCCAAUCAACAAUAA